UCCUCCAAUCAGCGUCCUCCGAGAAAACCAAAACACAAGCACGACGCAUCGUCCUUUUUUGCCAGUUUUUAUCGGGAAAUAACCUUAAAACCUUUUUCAGAGCCACAAUCCAUGAGUCUAGACAGCUAACUAAGCUCCUUUGAGUCAGACAACAUGUCCCGACACAGAGACGUCCGCAGUCUCAACUAUUCGGACGAGUGCGAUGGCUAUGACGAUGUUUACGGCCACUCGGUCGAGGACGACUACAGCAUUUCGCCCAGCGUCGAGCAAUUCAUGUUCGACCGGUCGAGGCAGUCGGAAAUGUCUGCGUUCAUCAAGGACAAGGACGGCAUAGCUGAGGAAGACGAGGACGCCGAGGAAGGCCACGAGCAGUCUUUGUCUCCGCAAACCAGGCCUCGGCUGAACGAAUUGGACGAGGCGCGUCUGCAGUCGUGUCUCGAUGAAAUUCGCAAUGUCAUCGGCGAGUCCACUCCGGAGCGGUUGCUCAUCGACACCAUUGUCAAGAAUGGUUUUGACCUGCACCGAUCGCUGGACGCGGUGCUCAACUCGACUGCUGGAAAAGCUUCAAAGACUGCAGCUGCUGAACCUAGAGAAAAAGAUUUAAAAAUUAAACAAACAUUAUUUUGUUCCAUGUUGAUGCUCGGUUCUGUUCUUGAUUGGCAAGUUCUGCCUUCGAAACCAGAUCUCGGUAUUGAUGCAGUGCCUCUGAUGACGUCCACUCCUGAACCUGUAAAAGUCGCCAAGGCCAAAACCUUGAACAUAACCAAGGGUUUUGAAGUCACACCCAAGUCUGGCCAGAAAGACGGAAGCUUGAGGGUGGAGCCGAUGGAAACUUCGCCCAGGUCCCAAUCCCCCCUUUCGGACGUGGCCGCCGAAAAGGAAGCGGCUCUGGCCAAACACAGAGAGCUUCGAGGGGAGGCUGCCGUCGCUCGGUACAACGAGGAGCGCUCGGGAAUCAAACCUCUUCUGCACAUGGUCGUCAUCGGCCACGUCGACGCAGGAAAAAGCACCCUGAUGGGCCACCUUCUGUACGACCUUGGGCAGGUCAACCAGCGGACGAUGCACAAGUACGAGCAGGAGAGCAAAAAACUCGGAAAGCAAUCCUUCAUGUACGCCUGGAUCUUGGACGAAACUGGAGAAGAGAGAACUCGAGGAAUCACAAUGGACAUUGGACAGUCCAGAUUCGAGACGCCAACCAAAAGCGUUCUCAUCUUGGACGCUCCCGGACACAAGGAUUUCAUUCCGAACAUGAUCAGUGGAGCGACUCAAGCAGACGCGGCAGUUUUAGUUGUCGAUGCUGGACGGGGCGAGUUCGAGUCUGGUUUCGAAAGUGGCGGACAAACCAGGGAGCACGCUUUGCUCGUCAGAUCAUUGGGGGUGAGCCAGCUAGUGGUGGUUGUCAACAAACUAGACACGGUCAGCUGGGAUCAGACGAGGUUUUUGGAAAUCGCAAACAAGCUCGGCGCCUUUCUCAGACAGGCUGGUUAUCGAGACACUGACGUCAGUUUUGUUCCCUGCAGCGGUCUUUCGGGUGAAAAUCUGACUAAAUCUCCCACCGAGGACGCUCUUCUCAAGUGGUACCACGGACCUUGUUUGGUCGAAGCAAUUGACAAAUUCAAAAUCCCAGAAAGGCCCAUUUCCAAGUCAUUCAGGCUUUCGAUAAAUGACAUUUUCAAAGGAACUGGAACCGGAUUCUGCGUGAGUGGGCGGGUCGAGUGUGGUUCCAUUCAGGUGGGGGACAAAGUGCUGGUGCAGCCCCAAGGAGAGCAGGCCUUUGUCAAGGGUCUGACUUUGGAGGAAAUGCCGUGCCAAGUUGCAUUUGCGGGCGAUCAGGUGACCGUCACCCUAUCUGGCAUCGACAUGCAGAAUGUCUGUCUGGGCUACAUUCUGUGUGAUCCGCUGCACCCCAUUCCUGCCACCUCUCGAAUCGAAGCAAGAAUCGUUCUGUUCAAUCUGCAGUUCCCUAUUACUCAAGGCUUCCCUGUUUUCUUCCACUCGCAGUCGCUUGUCGAGCAGGCGGUGGUCACAAAACUGAUUUCUCAGUUGAAUCGAGGCUCUGGCGAAGUGAUCAAGCGUCACCCUCGUUGUCUACCCAAGAACACGAGCGCCGUUGUCGAAAUCACCCUAAAUCGACCUGUCGGACUCGAGCUUUACAGGGACGUCAAGGAGCUGGGAAGGUUUAUGUUGAGGUCGUCGGGAGUGACCAUAGCGGCUGGAUUAGUCAAUAAGAUUUACUAACGGAUUCAAAGGACUGACAGACUGGUACUAGGACUACUUACGGAAAACUGAUGUAAAACUAUCAUUUUUCUUUUUUACUUAAUUUGGAAAAUAAAUUGGGAGUAUAAAGCAUGA